AUAGCAUGGCCAGUGAAAGGUUACCGUAGCUAUGGAUACGAGCCAACACGGCCUGAACUUAUGGACAGUGAGAUAAUAAGAGCUGUGCAGAAAGAUAAACGGACUAAAAAGGACAAGAGAGAUGAGCUUCCCAACUCGAACAUAGCAGAAGAUGAUUUGUACAAGGAGGUGAUAAAGCCACUAAAAGCGGAGUUCUCUGACCCAAUAGUUGCUCCGCAUUGGUGGAAGAAACCCGCUGAUAACUUCAAGGGGUUCGCUGAGAAAACCCGCAUCAACAAUACCAUCUGGAGACAAUGGUAUGUACAUUUCGUGAAAGGAAAAGAAACAGUGGUAAAGUUCGCAAACCCAAUGCCUUUAGCUGACAAGUACCACGCCCGAGUGCUGGCUGUAGUGGUUGAGGGCCACUAUUGGUGCAGGAAGCACACUGCAAUCAGAGCACAAUACAACAACUGGAGGCACAGCAGAAAACCACUCAAACCUGUGAUUAAGAUCGACAACCUCGUCGUCAAAGAUAAACAGCAGGAAGAAGUUGAUAUUUCCUCACCUGGUGUCGAUGAUCUAGUCCUCUCUGGUAUGCUAAAUGGGUUCAGUGAUCUGGAAGCUUUAGAUCUGUCAGUUCAGUUCGACCUACCGGACUUCUUCGGCAACUGCGAUAACCUUCUCAACUUUGAUACACCGACAUGGGUUGAUAAGGUACCAGUAACUGAGCCAGUAUCCAGUGCUAACGGUUAUCAUCCUCCAACCCCUGUUCUCUAUCCUUUAACAGGACCCCCACAAGUCACAACAUCAAGCGAGGAUCAAAUAGACACGACCAGUCUUAACACCCUAGCCACGGCUGCUAACAUGUCCGAGUACUACCAGUCUGGUUCCCAGCAGCCCCAGUACCCUUAUCGGCCCCCUGAUCCGGGCUACCGGCCCCCAUACCCCCAGCAACCCUACAUGGGACAGGAGAGACCUUAUAACGGAGUAGAAACUCAACAGUCUGCCUGUAGACAGUUCUCAGAGCAACCCCCUUCAGUCACACCAAGUGUUAUGAACAUGGAGCAGAACAGCGACUACAACAUGACCACCACUCUAGCAAACCCCUCUCUUCCUCUCCAGACCACUCAUCAGACCAUGUACAUGAACCCUAACAUGCCGGUACCUAAAGGUCCUGCUUACUACCCUCCUACCCGUCUCCAAUACUGUUACUCCGACAAGACCUCGUACAGUGGUCCUAUAGAACAGGGAUCCCACCAUCCUCCUCAACCACCAAUAACCUUCUCCCACCAGCAACCUUACCCUGAGCAACAACAGCAACAGCAACCUCUGCAGGCUUCCGGCUAUAAACAGAAACUCUCCGAGAUAGAGAUAGACAGGAAGAGGAGACGAGCCAUGAAGGACAGGUUACAGAACCUGAAGCAAGUGCUACCUCCCGCUCCAGUGGGCACCAAACACACCCACGCUGCCAUUCUCAACACCGCUGCCGAGUACCUGAGGAAGGAGGAAGCUUCUUUAGACACUCUGGAGACCGAGAUAGUCAGGCUGAACUCACUCAUCAACCAGACUAAAGAUCACAUCAUCUCUCAGCAAGCCCAGAUCCCAGAAAACGGGAUCAGUUCCGCUUGUUACGGUUCCAGUAUAGUCGAGACUCAAUAUUCGGAGUUUCUGGAGCAGCAAGUUAGUUUGAACCCCCUGAUGAAACUUUACUCGUCCAUGUUAGAACCCCUCUUUUUAUCUUUUAACAGUAUGGUAGACAACACCUCUUUGGACAGUUUCUGUAAAACUGCCCAUCAGUGGUUCGCUCAGAACUGUUCUCUGAUUAAGUUAAGGGAGUUGGCUACCAACCUAGUGACCAGUCCUAAUUUAGAAUUUGAAGGUUCUGGUGGGUAGUAAUAUUUGAUAGUCAUUAGGUAAUAGGUCAUUUAACCAAUUAGAUUAUACAUUUUUCAAUUAUUCAACCAUUUUUGCGAUCUCGACUGAUCUAAAUUACAAUACUGACAUUUUUAGUUUUCUUAGGUUUUAUCGUAAAAGAAGUUUUUAAUUUAUUUAUUUACCUUUAUUAGAGUAACUUUCAGAGUAUGAAUGAGUUAUUUUUAAGUUUGAUUUUUGCUUUUAACUGUUUUGUUACUGACAAGGAAAAGAUGUAAUUACUACUCAACAGAUUUUAUUAUUCUAGGAAGGCGCGCACUAUAUCUCCACAUAAAGCACAGCCAAUUUGAUACGUAUGAAAUAAUUCUUCAAAUUGAUUGAUUCUGCAAUAAGUUGACGUGUGUUGACCAAAAUUGAACAGGGAAUCGUUUAAGAUCACUUUCGAAGCACCUCGACAAAAACUACGACGCUAUUGUGCUUUUCACGGAGAAAUAAGACAUUAGUGUUUUUGAGUUUGUCAUUCUCUUCGCAAAGUAUUCCAAGUGAUUUGUAUAAGUACAUACAUUGAUCCGAAUACAAUGCUGAUUGCAAAAGAUUUUAUCUCGAUUCAUGAAAUUUGAAGUGUGCUUUCAAUAUGGGGAGUGUGUUUUCAAUUUUGGUAGUGUGCUUUAAAUUUGGGGAGUGUGCUUUCAAUUUGGGGAGUGUGCUUUCUGUGGAGAUAUAAACUGUUCCUUCUAGGAACGUGAACAGACCUAGUUUACUGUAUCUUAAGAUCUUAACCCGUUUUAAGAUGAUUUGAUGUAUGGAUUGUGGAACAUGUAAGAUUGGAAUUUGCUACAGUUAUUUUACUACAAGUAUUUUGCUACGAGUGGUUUUUUUUUGCAAAUCUCAAAAUUUAUCCUUGUAAAUUUUAAGUUUUGAUUCAUGAACUUUUGUUUAGGUUGACAGAUUUGACAGUAUCGAGUGCUUCUAUUUGAUGAAUUAUCACAAAGUAUCCCCUAAUUUACAAUUAGCAGCUAAGUUCCAAUAAAUGCUGGACAGGUGAUGUCGGCACCUAUUCUUGUUAAGAACUUGAAACAACAACUGGACCGGCUCUUCAGUCAGCUAGCAGAUCUAGAAGAAUGCAG